AUGUUCGUUGAUUCUCUUGUAGAAGGAAAAACCCCAGUCAAAGCGUUAAUUAAUACAUCUUCGAAAUUUAAUACCAUUAGUAAAAGGUUGUUCGAUAAGCUUGAAGAAGAUUAUGGGUUGAAAGGCGUAUCUGCAAAAAUAAGCUUUGGAUUUUCUUCCGAAACCUGUGAACACCGUACUAAAAUUAUAAUAGAAGGUAUAAGCAUCCCAUUAAUCGAUAAAGAUUUUAACAAAGCCAGCACUACUAAAAAUAUCUCACCUGGGCCCGAUCUAUUAUUGAAGGAACUCACGAAUAUAAGAGUUAGCAAGAAUAAGAAAUAUCCUAAAGUAGAUUUAGGCGAUGGGUGUGAAAAGCUUUCAUUAAAAACGCACCUCAAUAAUAUUUGGAAGUCAGUUCAUUCUAUAGAAAAUGAUACAUAUUAUGGGAUUUUUAAAAGACUUUCUAAUAUUGAAAAUGAACUGAGAUGUGAAAAGAUAGAAGAAUUGGUACAGCUAAAUAAUAAUGAGUCAGGUCCUUCUAAUUCUCGCUCACGUCAAAAUAAGAGCAAGAAAGGUGGAGUCAAGUAUUUCACAGAUUCGAAUACUGACACUUCUGAUACAAGCACUUCUUAUUCCUCCAAUUCAGGUCCGGAAGGUGUAUGUAAGGUCACAGUUGUAAAAAAAGUGAAAAUACCACAAGAAAUAAAUUAA